AUGAAGAAGAAAAGAUUAAGAAAUAUGAAUAUUAAAAGAGGGUUAUUUCACUUUAAAUCAACAGUAGGAAUCAGUAAGAAAACAGUUGAUAAAGAUUUUAAAAUAUUAAAUAAACAAAUUAUUGAGAAUGAAAAGAGAAUCAAACAAAUUAUUGAACGAGUAAGUAAAAUUCCAGUAUGUGCAGAGAAUUUAAUUGGAUUUCCAAAAGAGGUAUUUCGAAUUUUACAUGAUUGUUCUGGAGAAAAAUCCAUUGCUAAAGAAGAAAGUGAGAAAAUGAUUAAUGUCUUUGAUUCAAUGGAAGAUGCAGGAAAUCAUAUUAAAGAAAUUUUAUAUUGUCAAGUUAUAGAACCUAUGAAAAUAUUUAUUGAACAAUGGAAUGUUUAUUAUAAAAGAAUAAGUAUACUGAAAAAUAGAAAGAUAGAUAUGGACAGACACUUUGAAAAAUUAGAACAAAUUAAAAAGAAAGGAUUGAAGAAACAAAAUGGACUUAAUGAAGCAGAAGCAAAAUACAAAGCAUCAAAAGAAUCAUAUAUAUUAUUAAGAAAUGAAUUAAUUAAUGAUAUUAAUAAAUUGAAUGAAAGAAUAGAUGAGAUGAAUGAAAAAGUAGAACGUUCUAUCAUGUUAGGAUUUACAGAAUAUAUUAAUUGUUUAAAUCUAUCUUGGGAAAAAGUCCCAGAAAUGCUUAGAAACAUGAGUAAUGGUGAUAUCAACACACAACCAGUAUAUACACCAAAUGAUCAAUCUAUGAUUAAUGAGUCUAAUCAACGUAUUAAUGAAUUAAAAGAAUGUAAAGAUGAAAUCGUAGAAACAGUGAUACAUCAACCAAUGAACAGUGAAGAAGACCAUGAAGAAAUUGUAGUUUGUCAAUUUGCAUAUUCCGCAGAAAAUGAAACUGAACUCUCACUUAAAGAAGGAGAUAAAAUUAAGAUUCUUAAUAAAAAAGGUGAUUGGUGGCAAGGAGAGUGUCAAGGGAAUAUUGGUUUUUUCCCUUCGAAUUAUGUUAAAUAA